CCAGUCGUGACGUCAGGCGCGCGCCGGCAGCUCGCGGCGGCGGCCAUGGGGAAGAGCCGGGCACGGAAGGCGGCGAAGGCGGCCAGCGUCUUCGCCAUCGCCCGAGGCGCUGUCGCCGGGAAGGCCCGCGGGAAGGGCCGGGCGCGGCCCGUCACCUCCGGGCUGAGGAAGAUAAACAUUGCAAAUGCUGACAAAGUUAGCAAGAUAAAUAAAGCUUUUGCUGAAAUUCAGAAAGAAGUACAGCAGCUAUCGAAAGGCACUGCAGCGGAACCUCCAAAGAAUCAGCAGGUUUCUACACCUUCAGAAGCUGAACCAGCAAAUGUGGAUGCUGCCACAAGUCUAUUAUCACAGCUGUAAUGCAAAACGGAGGAUGAAGAGAUUCCAAGAAUAGAAGAUCACACGGGCUUUGUUUGUAAAAUUUUAUUAAAAAAAUCUUGUUAAUAUACAA